AUAGGAGCAGCCCCAGCACGAGGCAGCAGUGCGUGUCCUGCUCCCGAGCCUCAAGCCUCGUCCUGCUCCGUGACCGUGGCAGCACCAUGGCUCUCCGCCCCUUCCUGAUGCUGCUGCUGCUGCUGGCUGCCACCCUGCUCAUCAGCCAGGCUCAAGGCAUUGGAAGCUCAGCCUUGGACUGCUGCCUGAAGAACAGACCUUUGAAGAAGGAAAUCAGUGGCGUGGUGACAUCCUACCGCCUCCAGGGACCCGAGUCGGGAUGUUACCUUCAUUCUGUUGUGCUCAUCACCAAGAAGAACAGGAAAAUCUGCGCCUCUCCCGAUGAUGACACUGUCCAGAAGCUGAUGCAGCAGCUGAACAAGAAGGACAAGAAUGACAAGAGCAGAAAGAAGGGGCAGCGUCCCAGGGGCAGACCCAAGAAGCAGAGGCGGCAGCGGGCCUAAGCCAGGCCUGAACAGGACGGAUGCCUUCCCACUGGUGACUGACCCACGGCCCGGCAAAGGCAAUGGACACGCACAAACCACACACCCACCCACCCGCCAGCCCCAGGGCGGGGAUGGGGCAGGCUGAGGAGGAUUCCCUCUGCCCCACAACCUCUUUGUUGCUGCUAUGCCUGACACAGAGAUCCCCCAGCACCUGCAGUGCCUGGGUGCUCUCAGCAAGGCAGGCACCCAGGUCCUCACCCGUCCCAGGGCCAGAUAAGUGGGGACCUGGGCGUGGGAGCUGAGCCAUGGCCUCUAGAGGGAAGUAGACAUGCUUCCCACUAAAGGAGAGUUAUUUAGCCUAGCAGGAUGGACGCCUUUCCUAUGACUUUUUUUGGGGGAUAUUAUACAUUUGUAUUUAUAUUUGAAAACUGUGCUUUCAUUCAGUCUUCCUGAAAGGCUUUACUUCUCUCUCCUUAUGCUUCACAAAGUAGCCUUUAUGCUGCAGGCUGGGUUUUCUGGAAGAUUUAUCUUAUUUUUCUACCAAAUAAACCAUGGCCGCAUUUUAUUUUCCUCUCAUCUCUUUGCUCCUUCUUGGCUUGCAAGGUGUGGGGAACCAGGCAGGUCCCAAAUCCCGUGGUCCUACUUGAGCUGCUUGCUGGGUGCUUCUUUGCAGAGCAAUUAACAGAGCUGAGAUGGAGAGUUUUGGGGUAACAGUGUGGCUCUGUGUCUGGCCUGUUCUAAUCUUUCAGGUUUUAUGGUACACUGUUGCAUUGUAGUUUGUAUAAAGAUAGCCACAAUUUGUCCCUCUGUUUUUUUUCAUUUUCUUUUUUAGGCACAACAUUUCCAUGAAAUCAGAAGUAAUUGUUCAAUUUAGUAGAAUUAUACCCUUUUAGCUCCCCUGGCUACAAAAUUGCAAUGAAAUCAGAACAAAUUGUUCAGUUUAGUGGAAUUUUACCCUCUUCUUUCCCCUGGCUUUGCUUGUGUCAGGGCUUCAGACACUAUUAAGACAAAUGCUUAGUUUUCUGGGAGUAAAAAAAAACCAAAACCAACAGCAACUCUCUCAUAUAUAUUUACGAAAUCUGAAAAGCCCAUAUGGUGAAAAACACAUGUGAAGCUGUGAAGGUGGGGGAAUAGCAGAUUUUGUAAAAUUCACCGUAGACAUCCUGCAGCCGUUUGAGAGUGGCUCUACCCCAAAAUUUUUGUGAGAGAAGUCACUGAGUAGAGGACACCUUUAGGUGAGACUGCAAGUGGAGGUGGGACAGACCCUUGGGACAGGGCUAGGGGGAAAAUGGCAUCUCCCUGUGCCUGCAACCUGCUCUCCCCAGCAUGCUGAGAAGAAGCAAAUUAAACAGCUGUGCAAGAGCCACACUGCUAUCUGCUUGCAGAGAUUUUGAACGUGGACUUUGGUCAGUAAAGGUCUAUUAAAUCAUAUAAACGCAAUAAUAGGAUUUGCAGAGCUUAACAGUAUCAGCACGGGCGGUGUGUUUGUUGGAGUAAAGCUUAUAGCUGAGUGUUUCUACCAAGUAUGUAUCUGGCUUGAUUGCUUUAUUAAUAGGGCAUUUAGGUCUAUCAUUUUAAGGCUGUGUAAAGUAACUGUGAAGUCCAAGAUACUGGCCCUGAGCAUGGGACAGGCGCUGAGCUGUCUCCUCCUCCACACUGAACACCCGGCCGUCUGCCAGACCAGUUUUUGGACAGGAUGUGUGGCAAUAAAAUAUAUUCUUUAUAACCAAA